CCUGGUUGGCUGAAUCUGUGGGGGUAUGAAUACUUGUGGUCUCCAGGUUAACCUCCUCCUCUGGCCGCAGCCUGCCGUUCCCCUCCAGUCCGGCAGGUGGCGGUAAUCCUGCCCGCUAAGUGCCGGACUACAGCUCCCAGAGUGCACCGCGGCCGGCAGGCUGUAAACACGUCCAUGAAGGACGCGCAGCAGGAUGAUCGUGUUUGUGCGGUUCAACCGCGGCCCCGGCGUUGCCAUGGAGCUGAGCGCGGCGGCCCGCGUGGCGGAGCUGAAGGAGAUCGUGGCGAGCCAGCAGGGAGUUCCUGCCCAGGAGCUCCGGGUUCUGUUCGCCGGCAGGGAGCUGCAGAGCUCCGCCUCCCUCCAGGCCUGUGACCUCCCAGAGCAGAGCACGGUCCACGUGGUGCUCCCUCCUCCAGGCUCCCUCCACCUGCCGCAGCCGCAGGAACACCUGGCUGCCAGCGUAACAAGGCUGACCCGGCUGGACCUGAGCUCCUCCAGGCUGGCCGCCGCCGCCGCAGUGCAGACCGCCGUCCUGGAGGGAGGAAGAGGAGGAGGAGAUGAAGAUCAGAGGACAGAGCAACAGGCUGCAGCUCCUAAAGGUGUGUGUAGUACCUUCUUCGUGUACUGUAAGCGCUGCUCAUCCAUCCAGUCAGGAAAACUCCGUGUUCGCUGUCGGCGCUGCAGACAGAUGACGCUGACGCUCUGCAGGGGUCCUUCCUGCUGGGAUGAUGUUCUCCUGCCUGGACGGAUUCAUGGCGUCUGUCAGUUUGAAGGUUGCCAUGGCAAUGAGGCGGAGUUCUACAUGAAAUGUGCGUCUCACCCCACGUCAGAGGACGACGUCUCGGUGGCGCUGGACCUCGUCCUGUCCAACACCAGAAGCGUUCCCUGCAUCGGCUGCACCGACAUCAGGGACGUGGUUCUGGUCUUCCAGUGUUCGGACCGUCAUGUGAUCUGCCUGGACUGCUUCCAGCGCUACUGCCAGACGCGGCUGAACGAGCGGCAGUUUAUUUACGACGCUGUGAUUGGAUACUCGUUGCCAUGUGCAGCUGGCUGUGAAAACUCUCUGAUCAGAGAGUUACAUCACUUCAGGAUCCUGGGAGACAAUCAGUACGGCCGCUACCAGCAGUACGGCGCUGAGGAGUGUCUGCUGACCGCCGGCGGCGUGCUGUGCCCCUCACCUGGUUGUGGGGCAGGGCUUCUACCACCUGAGGGCAGCAGGAGGCUGGAGUGUGACCGGCGGCUGCUGGGCUGCGGCUUCGUCUUCUGCAGGGACUGCAGGGAGGGCUUCCAUGAAGGGCCGUGCGAGGGCCCUGCGGCCCCGCCCCCAGCAGACGCCUGCCAGGGCUUCGUGGUGGAGGACGAGGCGUCUCAGAGAGGGAGGUGGGACCAGGCGUCUCUGCAGCUCAUCCAGGAGUCGACCCGGCGCUGCCCGCGCUGCCUGGUACCUGUGGAGAGGAACGGUAAGCUCCGCCCCAGAGCCCGCCCAUUUGUCCACCACGUGAGCACUGAAGGCUGCCCGUGUCUCCCCCUGCAGGCGGCUGCAUGCACAUGCAGUGCACCCAAUGCCGAGCGGAGUGGUGCUGGCUCUGCGGCGCCCCCUGGAACAGGGAGUGCAUGGGGAACCACUGGUUCGGAUAGAUGCUGCGGCCAGGCUCCGCCCACUGCCGGGGGGGCGUGGCUCCGUCCAUCAUCGGUUCAGACUGUGGAUUUGUCCCUGAGUGUAAAUAACAGAAUAAAAUGUGAGAACCCGACUGCGUCUGUCCCUGUGUCUGAGACAGUCAGCUGUCCUCAGCUGGACGUCCAACAGCGUUCCUCUCGGUCAGGGAUAUUUACGGAAAAAUACCCAGAUAGCAAGAGAAACAAUAUUGUUUAUGGAAAAAAAUCUGAUCAUAUGUGAUCACAUGAAUAAAAUACUUUAUCACAUGUGGAAAAUUUGAACACCAUGUGAAUGACAAGGGAAAUGAAUAUUCCUUAAUAUUUAUCUUAAUGUUAGUUGACAUAUUUACCUAUCAAGCUGCAGCAUAGUGUAGCAUUUAUGAUGCUGAACUCAUGUUAAGAUGAGGCGAUCAAUAUUUAAAAUAAAGAGCUGUUAAUCAGAAAACCUAAAGAUAAAACUCAGGGAGGAUCAGGGUUUAUUUAACAGAGACAGAAAAAUAAUGCAGAAAGUGAUUUGUAUUGUAGUUUUUACAAUAUAUACAGGAUAAACUUAAAUCAAAUAACUGGUUCAAUCUUCCAUUAAAGGAUCCAACAUUAGUUGAACAUGUUGCCUAAAUAUGUUGUCAUUUUCCUAUUAACUAAAAUAUUGCUGUUUGUGAUACGCCAAAACUCAUAAUUACUU